UCGAUAGCGCUGUGUAUAAGUUAGAAAAAUGUUUAAUAACAUGAAAAAAUGCCUGAUAGCCUCAGUUAGGAUUCAUAAGAAAUUGUUAACCCGAUUAAUUCACGUGGAUAUUUUGUCGCCUGGAUUUUAUUUUUUGAAUAUGAAUGCACGAUGUUCCAAUAAUGCAGUCUACAAACGAUUUUACUGUCAUGAUGCGAUCGAUGAAAAAAAUGUAACGAGCGCUGAACUGAAAUAUCAUAAGCAAAAGUUGGAUAAGCAGGAACUGGAUAAACAUCUGUCCGAUCCUGAGAAUUAUAAGCGUUUUCAAAUAUUAGAAUUAGAAGUGGAUGUUUUGCGACACAAUGCUGAAAGAGUACCCAAGAAUAUUAAACCAGGAGAAUGGUUGUGUCUGCUGAAUACACAGGCCAAAUCAACAAGAAAAAAAUACCUUAAGUUUUUGUGGCUUAAUGAGAUGAAAUUAGAAAAUGAUAAGGAAAAGAAAGAAUUAAAGAAAGCUGAAUGGCUUGCUAAAAAGCAAGAAUUGACCAAGGAUACUGGUGAAAUGAAAUAUGGUCUCUUGAAUAAUUCGCUAUUCUUGCGUAUAUAUGAAACAACUAUAAACCACUAUUACAAUGGUAGAUUGAUUUAUAAUAUGAUGUUUGAACCGAAGCUAGUGUUUGAUUGUGGUUAUGAAGAGCAUAUGACUAAACAUGAGAUACACAAUUGCAGCAAGCAGUUAGCUCUCUCAUUUGCUCAUAAUCGCACCCAUGCCAAUCCUCUCACUCUUUAUUUCUGUAAUUUUAACAAAGAUGGAUUACUCAAGCAACAUCUUCAUCAAAAUAUACCUACUUUGAUGCGAGAUGAUUUUCCUCUCAUAAUGACAUCACAAUGUUACUUAGAUAUAUUUCCAAAAAAUCAGUUAGUGUAUCUCACUCCACACUGUAGAACAAAUUUAACUAAAUAUGAUCCAAAUAUGGUUUAUAUCAUAGGUGCAUUGGUAGACAAGGGAAAUUCACAACCAUUAUCUUUGGCAAAAGCUAAAAAACAAGGUAUUCAGAUGGCUAAAUUUCCUUUAGAACAGUAUCUCACUUGGGGUGUCAGCUCGUCAAAGAAUCUUACACUCAAUCAGUCGAUUAGAAUAAUAUUAGAUUUGAGGCACACGGGAGAUUGGAAAGAGGCAUUAAAGAACGUGCCAAUUAGAAAAUUAAAACCUUCCAGAGAAUGGGCUAUACAAAACAAACUGCAGAGUUCUAUAUUUUCAAAAAGAUCACAGAUUCAGGAGGACUCCAGCAUUCAAAAUUUUACAUUUCAAAACGAUUCCGAUGUUCAUAUAACUUAUGAGGAACAACAAAAAAUUAACAAAUUUGCUAGACAAAAUGCGAAGUUGGAAGAUUAUAAGGAAGAACUUAGAGUAAAACAGAACGAACUGAAGAAUUUAGAGGAUGCUUGUGACGAACUAGCUCUUAUGGAUGACGAUGCAAAAAUACCAUACUUUAUUGGAGAGGUAUUCAUCUAUCAUUUCCUUGAGAAAACACAGAGUUCUUUAGAAGAGGCUAAAAGUAAGAAAAAAGAAGAAAUUGCAAAAUUAGAGGGCAAAUGUGCAGAUUUAAAGACAAUCAUGUCUCAAUUAAAAACACAAUUAAUUGCAUAUAAUAUUUUGCAGCAACAAACAGAUUAUCUAUACGAGGGAAUGGAGAUAGCGAAGGAACUUGUAUUAACUCUCAAGCAAAAUAAUAAGUCGCACGUUGGAUAUGGAUUACAAAAGGAGUGCGAAGCUCUUGUUGGGCACAUUUUACAAAAUAUGGUCAGAUCCCAGAUGCCUCCUCUGCACGCUGUAACGAAAAAUAAGGAAGAUUCUAUUAGAUACAGAGAAGAAGGUAAUCAACAUUUUGUGAUGGGUAACGAUCUGGAAGCUAUCGAGUGUUACACUCUGAGCUUAGCAUAUGCUGAUAGCGACGAACUUAUGGCAUACGCACAUGCAAAUCGAUCCGCUGCUUUAUAUAGGAAACAAUUGUAUAAGGAAUGCCUGAUAGAUAUUGAUGCGGCUUUGUCUCACGGAUAUCCAAAAGAGAAACAAAAAAAUUUAAGGGAUAGAGGGGAUAAAGCGAUAACGGAGAUAAAAAAGUUGCUGCAACUAGACUUGAAGGAUAUUGAUGAUCAGAGAAUUACGAAUGAAUCACAUUUAUACGACAGUAUCGAGAAAUCUGUUACAGAAGACAUUGAACACGUAAAGAACAGGGCAGGGAUGAUAAACAAUGAAGGAAUCCCGCAGAAACAAGGCACAACUAACGAGAGUUAUCUCCAUUAUGCAACGAAGAUCCCUCCGCGGAAACCGAGAUAUUUGCAAGAAGAGAACUUCUCCAAGUUAAUGAAUGGCCCAAGCCGAGAAGUUCCCGCUGUUAGUGAUGGCGUCACGAUAUCCUUCUCUGAGAGAUAUGGUAGACAUUACAUAGCGACACAGGAAUUUAAACCUGGUGAUAUAAUCAGCAUCGAAGAUCCGUAUGCACAUGUUAUCUAUGAAGAACGGUAUUAUACACAUUGCCACUAUUGUCUAGCCAGAAGCUACAAUCUAAUACCGUGUUCAGAAUGCCCGAUAGCUCAGUAUUGCUCUGAGAAUUGCAGGAAGCUGGCGUGGGAAGCGUGUCAUGAGAUGGAAUGUCCAAUUCUAAAGUUGUUGACGAACUUGCUCAAUGUUGAUAAAGAUAAAAUAAGAAUGAUUUCGAAGAUCAUUCGAUUGCUGAUUGUAGUGACCCAGAAUGGAAUUAGAAUUGAAGAACUGCAACAAGAUAUGAAAACUGCGGAAUCUAAUUCAGACAAUAGAACGGCAGGAUUUACAAAUACUGGGAUAUUAGACAGUUUUAGCGCGCGGUCCGCACUGAGUCUGGCGACCAAUAUGACUACGAGACCGCUGAUCGGGAUCAGCGCUUUCGCCUGCAUCUCGGCCCUUGCGGUAAUCCUUUUAGCUACGCAGACAAAAUUUUUUCCUAAGAAAUAUGAGAUUGAUGAUUUGAAGGAUAUCAGCGAAUUUUCCGAGCUCAAAUUUUGCGCCAGUAUAAUGUUUCGUGCUUGUGUAAUAAUGUCUUCUAACUGUUUUUCGAUACAACAAGAACCAGGAAUUGUGUCGGGUUCGGGAUUAUAUGUGGCUCACAGUCUAUACAAUCAUUCUUGCGCACCAAAUACUUUUCGACAUUUCGAGGGACUAACCAUGAUUACGCGUGCCUUAACACCUAUACAUCCCGGAGAUCAAAUAUUCACAAGCUACGGCGGUAUUUAUGCGCACAUGCCACGAUCUGAGAGGAAACAAAAGAUACUGCAAGAUUAUUUUCUCGAUUGUGAUUGUCCGGCGUGCAAAAAUGACUGGCCGACAUAUAAUGACAUUCUGCGAGAACAUAUUGGAUCUAUCUCCAAGAAUAAGCAACUCGUGGAAAAACUGACGCCUUUCAGGGAGAGAUUACUCGCAAAUAUGUACGAUAUCGAGGCGGUGAAGGCCGUUCUAGAUAUAUUAUACAAGGAAGUGAAUAAAUAUCCAUGUGAAGAAAUACUCCACGCGGAGCAGUAUUUAAAAAGUUAUUAUUUGGGUAAAUUUAAAUAAAUUUUACAAUUAAUGCUUUAUGCUUCAGCAUAGUCUUCGUAUGUUUAGCUCUGCUUAUUGAUUUUUGCUUUGAUAAUUUCUUGCUCACUAUUUCCU